UAUAUAUAUAUCACAUACAUAGAUAAAAAUAUAUAUAGAUAUAUAAAUAUUCAUGUAAAGGUCUAUUUUAAUGUUUUUUAUAUAAAUUCAUAGAAACUUAAUAGAAAAAUAUCACAAAACAUUUACACCAUGUAAAUAACGUUUAUAACUCUUUUAAAUAAUAUCAAUCGGUAUUUUUAUACUUUUUUAUAAAGUAAAUACAAUCCUGUCGUCCCUCCUAAAUUUGAAAUAACUAAAAUUCAAAUUUAAAGAAAUUGAGUAAAGCUGCCUUAUAAUUGAUAACGAAUCAUCCAAUAACGAAUGAAAUCCAAAACCAACGGUAAAAAAAAUCAAAAUUCAAAACUUAACCAUCCUUGAAUCGUAGAUAUAAACGUCUUUAAAUGCUUGACAGUUAUAUCUCAUGAUGCUCAUUCUCUCAUGAGCGUCGAACGGAUUUCGUCGUUCGAAGCCGGUACUCGCCCCGAAAGUGUACAAAAACUUGUUAUAGUGAAGUGUAUUAAUGUGUUUAGUGUUACUUCGACGUGCACAGUUAAUUUAAAUAUGAAAAGUGUUGGAAAACAAAGUGCUGUAGUGAUAUUUAUGCCUGUUUGUACCUCGGCCAAAGAGGUAAACAUCAUGUUAACAAAGUCAACAAAAAGGUAAAUAACAACAACAUGCAUCGAGGUAUAUGCUCUUUUUGCAAAUGUAAAAGAAUUAUGCCAUAUGCAAAUAUUAUGUUAGAUUUGUGAAAAAAGUGUUUUUAGUAUUAUUUACCCGAGUUAUUCCAUUUCCCUCCCCCGCCUAUCCACUUGUGUACCGGUAAAAUAAUAAAAAUCGUGGCAUAUCGUUGUACAUAUAAUGUGUUUUAUGUUUAUAUAGUUUAAUAUGCGGCUAGCUAAUUUCGCUGCCGUGGUUAGCAUACCGGACAUGCAGAUUAUGGGGUUGCGGACGCCAAACGAAAUCCGGGAUGCAGCAAUAACCGGGAUCGCACGUGUACAUCUUGGUUUGUACGUCGUGGCUUUGUGAUGAGCGGGUCGAUCCGAACUUACCGGGUCAGAGUCAUCCGUAAGUGACCAGUAGUCGUUCGGGUCGACCCGAAAGGUACAAGUAGGUAAAGUAGGCCCAAGCACCGGGUCGGAAAUGCUUAUACUUUUACGUACCUACUGAUUACUGCAACCAUGGUUCGGGAUCGAUUCCGUGAGACUCCGGAUCGUAUCGUAAAAUUAAUCGUCAAGUAUAGCUGAACCCACGAGAGCAGUAAAGGACAGUUAACACUUUUGUUAGAAACCCGGUUAUGAAUGCCCGCCUGGCUGGAGGAAUUCAAGCGAGACCACCAUACAAUGCAUGCAUAAAUUAUAUUAUGACAUAACAUAAACGAUAAAAUUUUAUUAUGAGCGUGAUUAUUACAAUCUAAAUUAAUAAUUUAAUUAAUUAAUUAAUUAAUUAAGCCUGUCUCGUGGUACAGUCGUCAACUCGUACGACUUAACAACAUGCUCGUCAUGGGUUCAAGCCCCAAAUAGACCGUGCCGCCAUACGUAACACUGACUAUCCUGCUAUGGGGGGUUAUCCAAAAGUCACUGAAAGCCAACACGACAAGUGGUACAGCCAGGCCUUGAUCGACACCGGUUGUUGAGUCAAAAGAAAAAAAAAAUAGUUCGAUCUGGACCAGUCAUAUGGUUAACUUUUAAUAAAUAAUUUGAAAUUUAACAAACCCUGUUUUCCAUACAAACGCAUGCUUUUAAAUUGAACUGUCAACCAAGUAUCAAGUGUUCAAUUAAAAAGCAUUCCAACGAAUAAGCGUUGAACUACAGUCAGAAUUCAAUAGUUUGUAUGAGAAUACCGGUUUUUUUUAAUUUCACAAAAAUCUCAUGGCCUGCCGAGAAAAAUUUCAUUUUUUUGUAUGGAAAAACGUGCCGACUAAAAAGCACAUACUCAAUAGUUGGCAUGGAAUCGAAGUUCAACCAAUGAGUUCAGAUUGUUCUGUUAAUUUGUUCUUUUGAUCAAAUAGCCAUUGCCCAAGAUAAAUGUAAUAAUAAUUUUCUUUACCUGUGUAUCUGCAUAAUUGUGUUGCUAAAAAUCAAAGUAUUACCCUGGUUUAUACAAGGAUUCAAUGGGUAAAUAUCUAAACAUUACACCUGCUAGUGUUUAUCCUGUUACAUAAGUACCUUAAAAUAAAGGUACUAAAUAGUCCGUUACAUAAGAAAAUAGAAAAUCCUACCUCUUUUCUGUCUUAUAAAAACCCGCGCAAUUUUUGUUUGUGUCAAUACGAUUCGGGCAGUCGUUUCACUCGGUGUUGUUAUGCGUGCUCUGUACAGUUAUAAAUUUUGUGCAAUACUGUUAUAAUAUAAGUGCAGAAUAAUACAAGUGUAUAUUUUAAAUAUUCAACGUGCCGUGAAUUUCACUCAAUCACGACAAUGUCGGCCAAAGACAAGCGCAAGUCAGGAUCCACGUAUAGAUCCAUAGAAGCCAAUAAUAAAAAGCUUGAUGCUGAAUUGUUUGGAGAGAGUAGUGAAGCUGGGCCAAGUAAUAUUCAGACAGCUACGUCAAAUGUAGAGUUCAGUGAACACCCGCAUUGUGAGAACCAUCCUUGUCCAUUUGAUGAAUACAUCUUGCAAGAAGAAUACGUCAGUGAUUGGGUUACUAUCGAUGCAUUCGACGAUAUGGAAGUAUAUGAAGAGGUCAACGAAGAUUACGAUGAAGCUGAGGAAACUAUACACAGUACACAAGAGUCUCAACACGAGGAGGAACCAUUUGAUGAGCUUAUUCGAAAUUGGGCAUUAAAAACAUACCAAACACAUCAAGCGCUAAAUGGACUAUUAGAAAUUUUACGUAAAAAAACGGACUACCAACUGCCGAAAGAUGCUCGCACGUUGCUUAAGACAAGGCAAUGUGGAAAAGAAACGUACCCUAUAGCAGGGGGAGAAUUUUGGUUCCCUGGGGUACGAUCGGUUCUCAAGGAUCACUUUCGCGAUGUACCACCAAGAGUCAGCAAAUUUUCGUUGAACUUUUCGAUUGAUGGACUUCCACUGCACAAGAGCACUCGAAAACAGUUUUGGCCCAUAUUAAUGAGCAUUCAAGAAAUGCCGGAAGUUCCAGUAUUGAUGGUUGGCAACUUUUUUGGUGAAUCGAAACCAAAGAGUGUUGAGGAAUAUCUGCGUCCGCUAGUCGACGAGCUAAAUGGGUUGAUGGAUAAUGGCAUUGUAAUAGCCAAUAAGCCAAUCGAAAUACACGUUAGAGCUUUCAUCGCGGACUCACCAGCACGAGCAUUCAUAAAAGGUUCAGUUUACUUCAACCACACACAUGGUUGCCAAAAAUGUACGGUGCAAGGAAAAUAUCACAGCGCACACCGAGUUACAUGUUUCCCGGGAAUGGAUCAUCCAGCAAGAACGCAUGAAGAUUUCGUCCAAUCAAAUUACGGAGCACAUCAUCGGGAAAAAACGCCUCUCAUGGAUCUUAAGAACUUUGACAUCAUAAAGCAGAUUAUUAUAGCAGAUCGUUUGCACCUCUUUGACUACGGCGUAACAAGAACAAUGCUGAAAGAAUGGAAAUCAGGCAAAUUAGGAGGGGGUGCCAAGUGGUCUGAAGACACAAUAAGCAAGAUUGAUGCUUUGCUGAAGGAGGUGGAACUUCCUUUAGAGUUUCAUUGCAAACUCCGUUCUGUUGAAGACAUUGGAUUGUGGAAAGCUAGUGAGUUCCAAAUGUUUCUACAUUACGCGAGUUUUAUCGUUUUGAAGGAUGUAUUAACAGAUGUACAGUAUGACCAUUUUAUGAAAUAUUACUGUGCGGUAACAUUGUUAUCAUCCGAAGUGUAUAAGAAUGAUUGGCUUGAGGCGAAAUGCUUGCUAAAAGAGUUCGUUUUAGACUAUGGUGUUAUCUACGGGGAACAUUGCAUCACCAGCAAUAUACAUAGUUUGUUGCAUGUGUAUGAUGAUGUAGACAAAUUCGGCCCGCUUUACACCAUUUCAUCUUAUCCCUUUGAAAGUAAGCUCCAGCAUGUUAAGAACUGUCUUCGAAACGGUCAUAAGGUUUUGGUGCAGGCUGCAAAUAGGAUAUCGGAGCAAAAACCAAGUACUGCGUCAUCAAAUAGAACAAAUCUCUCUUUUCCAUUUUUGAAAACCAAAACUAAUGGAGUAGCAUUGCACAUAAAUCCACAAUUAACUCUUUCUCCUGGUUUUCAGUCCAAUUGGUUUUUGACUCAUGAUAACUACAUAGUUAAAUAUUGUAGCGCAGAACAAAAAGAUUCAAUUAUAAUAAUUAAUGGAAGAGCAUUCAAUUAUAUAACGGAAACCCGCUCGUACUAUAUUUCACCUUUUAUGAAGGACAUAUAUGAAGAAGAUUCAUGUAACCUUCGUACCGAUGAAAUGGUAUUUUUACCCAGGGAUAUAAAGUGUAAAUUAGUAGCUAUUAAAACAGGUAAUAGCAGUUUAGUGUUUGUUCCAUUUCUUAGAACAUUAACUAAUUAGAGGUAAAAUGUAAUUUAAACUAUUUUUUAGAAAUAAAAUCGAGCAUAUGUAUUUGAUUGGAAGUUAAA